GGCGAACUGGGAGGGCCGAAGGGCGUGGGUGGCCGGCCGGCGUCUCUCUCCUCCUUGCUCUGCUUUGCCGCACCUGCCGGACCUGCUCGGAAGGAAGACCCAUGCAUAAAGGUCAUAGAAACAGUUGCCUUGACUACAUUUUCUUGGAUAAGACACGGCACAGCUCAGAAGACUUACAUUUAUCCUGAGACACUUUGGGCGCAAAACUUGGGAUAAUGAAUCUUGAAAGUGAUGGAGCUGCAUCAGAGAGCAUUUUUGAUUUGGACUAUGCUUCAUGGAAAAUACGCUUAACGCUAGUGGUGGCUGGUUUUCUCUUUUACCUUGGUGUCUUUGUUGUCUGUCACCAGCUGUCUUCCUCUCUGAAUGCCACUUACCGCUCGCUAGUGGCGAAAGAAAAGGUCUUCUGGAAUCUUGCAGCCACUCGUGCUGUCUUCGGGGUUCAGAGCACUGCCGCGGGCUUGUGGGCUUUGCUGGCCGACCCCGUGCUUCACACCGACAAAGGACUUAACCAGCAAAACUGGUGUUGGUUUAAUGUUGCAACAGCCACCGGAUUCUUCUUCUUUGAAAACGUAGCAGUUCACCUGUCCAAUUGGUGCUUCCAGACAUUUGAUUUGUUUUUAGUUGUCCAUCAUCUCUUUGCCUUUCUUGGAUUUCUUGGUUCAGUGAUCAACCUCAAAGCUGGCCACUAUUUAGCCAUGACCACCUUACUCUUGGAGAUGAGCACCCCCUUCACCUGCAUAUCCUGGAUGCUCCUAAAGGCUGGCUGGUCAGAAUCUCUGGUCUGGAAGCUAAACCAGUGGCUAAUGAUUCACAUGUUUCAUUGCCGCAUGAUUUUAACCUACCACAUGUGGUGGGUGUGCUUUUGGCACUGGGACAGUUUGAUCAACAGUUUGUAUCUGCCUCAUUUUGCCCUCUUCCUUCUUGGACUGGCCCUCCUCACACUAAUACUUAAUCCAUAUUGGACCCAUAAGAAGACUCAGCAAUUUCUAAAUCCAGUGGAUUGGAACUUUGCACAAUCAGAAGCGAAAAGCAGUCGGCCUGAAAGGACCAAUGGGCAGGUACCCCAGAAGAAGAAGCAUUAACUGUUUUAGGAACCAGCUGAUUCCAGCGUUGCCAAUCUGAAUAAUGGCACAUGAAGACUGACUGUACGGAGGCCCUUGAACAAAGAAUUUCAUUUGUAAAGUGUCAUGAAUGUUUCUUGUUUGUCUUACCCUGUUUCUAAAUGAAAUAACUCUGUAUUUCAUUAGUUUUAAUUUUGAAGUAUUUGAAAAAUAUUUUUCAAACCUUGAUAUCUCUCCUUUAGGGGCUGAUUUUCGCCAUUGUAAUUUAUUUGACCGUUAAGGUUUAUGCUUGUCAGUGAAGCGGUGUCGGACUAUUAUUAGCAUUAAGGAAGGGGACCUUUGGGUGCAAAUCAUUGCAGGCUGUUGGGAAGGAGGGAAGACGGCUUCAUUGUAAUGGUUAUUCACUACGUGACUUCGGUCCCAGGCAAUGUCUGACUGCAUAACAUUAUAGUAAAGUUUAGAAAUUCAGAUCAGAGAACGGGAUGUUGUAGAUUUAUCUUGAUAAUGUAGCAAACACAGCCACUUCCCACAUGCAACACAUGCAUCUCAUGUUUCUUACAUGCAAGGUGAUUGCACUGAUAAGUGCAUAAUGGUACAGUACAUAUAUAACCUAUAACACUUAUGCCUUGAUAGUUAUAGUAAAUGUCUAUGUGACUGACUUAUAUAUGUACUGUACUUUUUAUUAUUUUCCUGUGAGUUUCCCCUACGUAGAAAUAAACAGCUUUCCACGUAACAGUGCAUGUGUGCUUCAGCUUGUGGGCACCAGCAUCCAAUCCCGUGUACCAUGCAUCUCUUUGAGAGUUGUAGCAUUAUUUUUGUGUCAUUAUUUUCUUUCAAAAAUAUUACUUGGAAGUGCACCCUGGCUCCUAAAUGGAGGUAGACCAGCACUAGUAAUAACAUCAGGGGGAGGCAAAAAGGCAAAGUAUCGAUUUGAAAAUUAAAAGGCUAUUGAAAUAACAUGAAAAUCAGUGAAUAUUAUUGCUCACAAUUCAUAUAUGCCUUUGCUGUGUGUAUAAUAUGGUGUUUACACAUCUUUCAAAUUAUGGAACAUCCUUUUUUACAGAUCAUACUGUUGCUGAUUGUUAAAGAUUUCAGCAGUGCAUACCUGCAGUUGGAGUGACUUCUUAUGAGAAAUAUCCACGUAGUGAACAUGACUUAGUAUUAGUUCUUCUAUUUAUAUGGUCAUAUUUUCAGAUUCAUUUCAAAACCAUAUUUUUUUUUGUAGGGAACGGCGCAAGAUAAAAGGGUGAAUGGGCGCUGGGAAAUUUUAAACUAUGUGAACAGUGUCAUCUAGUGGCAGCAUGGUAUAAAGACAUCACUGAGGAUUAAUGGCCCUCUGUUAAUGGUCCCCAACCUUGAUGUGAAUAUGAGUUAACUUAGGUUAAGUCUUACAAGAAUUUUUUUUUAUCCAGGAGCUUAUCUUAAAAUAAGAACUUAAAUUUUAUAUUCCUGAUUAGACAAAAUAAAGUAGGAUUUUAGUAAUCAGAUUUGUUUAGAUUUGAGAACUUUUUAAUUGGCUAUGCUGCCAGUAGGUGCCCAGACUCGACCCUCAUUUUGUGUUUCUCUAUAGGUUUCCAAGUAGGAUAGAGUUCACGUUUGCCCUCAGGUUAAGAGCUAGAUGUGGACAUCUGGCUGGUCUUCCGGGUCAGUGAUGGGUCACUGAGACCCCUGCAGUCAUCCCUAGAGUGGGGUUUCCUCAGCGGCCUCAUGAAAUGCCUCCUUUCCAGACUACCCACAGGGCCUCGUAUAUUUUGGUUGUCAGUGCAUUUGCUGUGUUGUGGCUGGGUAUUUGUAUGCCAGUUUAGCCGUUUUAUUGGAAGGUACACCGAUUUUACCGUGGCCAUGAGUGUGCAAUUAAAAUAAAAUUUAUUUUUUUCCAAAAGUA